AUGGCCAGAACGGAAGAGAAGAAAAGACAGCUCACCCAUAAAGACUAUACAGUCGCCUGGGUGGUCGUCCUUGAGGUCGAAUUGACGCCAGCCAUAAAAUUACUGGACGACGAGCAUGAGCGUCUCCCCCGCAGCGACAAGGAUGACAAUAACUACAUCCUAGGCCAAAGUGGCCAGCACAAUGUUGCCAUUACCUGCAUGCCUUAUUGUGGAACCAAUGCCGCAGCGCAUACAGUAACCAAUAUGCUACGCACAUUCCCAAACAUCCGAUUUGGCUUAUUGGUAGGGAUUGGGGGAGGUGUUCCAAGGUCCUCGGAAACGAGUCCUGAGGAAGACAUUCGCCUUGGGGACGUUGUGGUAUCUACGCCAAAAUAUGGUCACGGCGGCGUAAUCCAAUACGAUAUGGGGAGGUGGGAAGGGGAUGGUCAUUUUAAACCCCAGUCCCAUCUGAACAGCCCCCCUAGCCUUCUCCUUAACGCUAUUAAGGAAUUAGGAUCCCGCCACAGUUUGAAUAGCGGGAGAAUGGAUCAGUACAUCACUGAUGGGAGGACGGAACGUGCGGCAUUCCCGGGUCGAGAUCAGGAUCGACUUUUCAGAUCCGACUAUGCACAUGUAUCUGGGAAUGGCUGCAAAACAUGCGAUCGCCAAAAGACAAUCACCCGUGGCAAACGACAAAGCGACAAACCUGUUGUGCAUGAAGGCCUCAUCGCCUCGGGAAAUGCUUUGAUAAGAUCGCCGCAGCAUCGAGACAAACUGCGUGAGUCGUGGGAUGUCGAUUGUUUUGAGAUGGAGGCUGCUGGAUUGAUGAAUGAUUUUCCAUGUCUGGUAAUCCGUGGCAUUAGUGACUAUUGCGAUAGCCACAAGAAUGAUGCAUGGCAGCCAUAUGCGGCUCUAACAGCCGCUGCAUACGCGAAGGAUCUUCUGGGAGUCAUUCAAGGUCAUCAUGUUAUUGCUGAGCCCACAGCGACAGAAAAGGUGAACGCCCCAAAGCAGGACAGUGAUUCUAGAUUAUCUGCACAGGAUUUAGCACCUCUGAACGAUAGAUUGAAUAUUCUCGAACAACGCCUCCAGACUUGGGAUUGGAAAUUGGGAAGUAUGGUGGACAGGCGCGAUAGUUCUGGACAAGUGAGAGAGCUUGGGCAUCGGCUCGAAACAUUGAAUGCACGGCUUGAUGGCCUGGAGACGAUGAUCAGUGGAGCAAACAGCAUGCAGUCUAGAGCCAACCAACUAAAUGAGCGUGUACUAGAGCUAGAAACGGCGAUGGCAAAGGCGACUGGCCGAUCGCUGGGCGAGACGAUGAGCUCUCUGGACUAUAAUCGUCUCGAUGUCAGUGAGUAUGGUACCGUGGGCCGCAUCGAGGCUGGGAGGGCUGUGGUAGUCCGAAAGGGUGGAGGACCGACUCGAAUACUUUUCAAGCAACGGUUCGAUCGUGUUCCACACGUCCAGAUUACACCGGAGCGCUUAUCCACUAAAAACUUCAAGAACUUUUGGUUAUAUCUCUAUAAUCCCGGAUGGCCCUGCGUUGAUCAAGAAGGGUUUGAGGUGGGUAGUUUCAUUGCUGAGGGCCAUCAGAUUAUCUUCAGAUGGUUGGCUGUGGAGAUCGUUUGA